GAUUUCACCAGACUAAUGGCUGCACUGCUGCUGGACUUGGGCUCGCUUUCGCCGCUACUGUUACACCUUCUCCUCAGCUCUUUGUUCGCUGUCAUCCCGGGGAGUGCAGCAGGACCGUGCUGCCGCUCCCUGUGCACCCACCCAUCCCCCGGAGACACUCAAAGCGCAAGCCUGCCCGAAAGAACGGCAACGGGGGCUUUGGCUGGGGGCAAUUCGAAGAUCCACCCUGCACGGACCAUACAGUCGUGUGGACGGCGAUUUGAAAGUCUAACGUGUGAACAAUGCUUACGAUCCAGUGCAGUGGGAACGCUUUCUGGUCAAUUGCGUCUGGAAUAUUGGAAUUCUAGAAUAUGCAUAUCAGAACCUGCACCGCACACCGGACACUGUCAUCACCAGCUAGUUUGGAGUGACGGUGGUGGCGGAGAGAAGGGCGUUGUUUCUCCUGUUCUCGACUCUCCAGUUCAGAGUGAAAAAAAGAGGACUAUACAAAGGACUAGAGGGUACUCGUGGUCACAAAUACAUCCACACCUCGACACGGACGGAGUCGCUGCGCAAAGCGAGCGCCAGGAGCUGAGUUGUGCGUUGUUUCGCUCGCAGGUGGAUAACAGUAGAACCGUGGGUAGGAAAUUAAGGCCUGCGGGAGUAAAACGGGAGUUUACCGCUGCCAGGAGACCAGCCCGGCCGUCAUCAAAAGACUAUUCUCAUUCUAAUGUGGCUUGCAUUGUUUUGGACGCCAAAAAAUUGGACAAAGCGACAACGGACUGUCCCCUUUCAGCCCUCUUGAAUGUUAUCGAUCUCACCAGAAAGGGCUGGAAUGGGUCUUUUAAAGCAGUGUUUGUGAAUGUCCGGGGGUGCUCUGAACCACGCGCGCUGCACCUCUCUCCAGAGCAAACAAACAGCUGUCUCGAGACACACCGGGUCACGGAUGCUGCUCUCUUGUGCACAGGUUGUUGUGAAAGACCUACAGCCUGGCACAGCAGUGAUUGGCACCGGUUCGACAUCUCUCCGAGGCGAGCGAUAGGCUUGAGCUGUGCUGUUUAUGGAAGGCGGGCAAAAGAAAAUACAAGCACUACAUUUUCAUACAACUACUCAUUAUUACUAUGUUUGAAUGCCAAGACUGGUAGAACGAACGAGCUGAACACUCGUAAAGAGUGUGGAAAGUCUGAUCGGAAUACUCGCUCUGAUGACAGAAAGGCUAAUUAUCAUAGAUCAGAUGAUAUCAGCGCAACUCGCUUUGACUUGAAUAGCAGUGAUGAGCAGAAAUCUGACUCAUCUGUUACUAACACUACCAGGAGUCUUACUGUAUCACAUAUCUACCUCCUUAACUUAAAUAAACGAUUCCAUGACUCACACACUCACAGUAGUAACACGCGGAGCGCGAGAGAAGAAUCAGCACCAGCCUCUCAGUGGACAGCGCCAAGCGCGAGCGCCGUGAACGAGCUCGCUCACUCUACGAACUUUGUUGAAAGUUUGCCUCUUAAGAAUUGGAACAGUAACAAUAACAACUGUGCAAAAAAUCGUAACAACAACAACAACAACAAUAGCAGCCCUGAUGAUCAAAAUUCAAAUGAAACACAAUAUAUUUCUGUCAGUGAAGAUAGCGACUUUACAAAUGAGGGAAGCUCGCGUUUUCCUUGCUCUACUGCACGUGCAGGGUGUGAUGAAUACAACGCCGACGACAGCUUAACCACCGAUGGGGGAGCCACGCGGCCACAUUUAAAUUCGGGUAAACGGAUGUCAUUAAAAGCUGAGGGCGUUAGUCAGCAUGAGGAGCAGCUGGAGGCCCCUGUUGAGUGUGGUAGGAGGGAGGGAGAGACAGAGGGCGGGGUGAAAGGGGAGGUAAGGGGGAAGGGAGUCAGACAGCCUGUGGAGAGAGAAAGACUGGAAAGCAUGGAGUGGGUGAUUGCAGAAGACACAAAGGAUGAGGUAAUGGAGAAAGACACAAAUUUACUUGAAGAGGGAGAAAAAGAUCAAGGCAAUGGUACUUUUCAGUCAGACAGAGAGGUAGAUGAAGUAAAAGAGUGGCACAAAAAUGAGGGCAUAUGGAAUGAACGAGAUGGGCUCAAAAAUAGUGGAGAUGAGGCAGAAAAACAUCUAUACAGCAUGAAACAAAAAGAGGGAGAGAGUGGUGAAGUGCAGGGAGGAGAGGAUCAGGAGUACAAUGAAGAGCAGGCAGGUGUCCCUCCUGUUGGGCGCUCCCGCAGAGCUGCUAAUCGACAACCCCAUUUCCCCCAGUACAACUAUCAGGCUCAGGUUGCUGAAAACCAGCCUCCUGGUACGUCAGUCAUAACUAUGACAGCUGAGGAUGCUGAUGCUGGUGAGGCAGGCCGACUCAGUUACAGCAUGGCCCCUUUAAUGAACAGCAGAUCCAUAGAUUACUUCCAAAUUGACCCAAUUACUGGCCUUCUCACCACCACACACAUUCUGGAUAGAGAGCACAUGGACCUGCACUAUUUCCGAGUCACUGCCACAGACCACAGCUCAUCACGCCUUUCUGGAACAACUAUGGUGACCAUCACUGUGGCUGACCGUAAUGAUCACACUCCUGUGUUUGAGCAAACAGAGUACCGUGAGACAAUUCGAGAGAAUGUUGAAGAGGGGUAUCCUAUUCUACAACUACGUGCAACAGAUCUCGACUCACUGGCGAACGCCAACAUAAGAUACCGAUUUAUUGGUGAAAGUGCAGCUGUUGCACGUUCUGCGUUUGAGAUUGACCCAAGAUCAGGAUUGAUUACAACACGAGGCAUUGUUGACAGAGAAACAAAUGAGCGCUACACAUUGCUGGUUGAAGCUAAUGACCAAGGGAGAGAGCCGGGCCCACGAUCGGCUACUGUAAGUGUCCAUAUCACUGUGUUGGAUGAGAAUGACAACGUGCCACAGUUCAGUCAAAAGCGGUACGUCGUUGCUGUUAGAGAGGAUAUUCGCCCACAUUCUGAAAUCCUUAGAGUUAGUGCUUCGGACCUAGAUAAAGAUGGGAAUGCUGCUGUGCAUUAUAACAUUAUAAGUGGGAACAGCCGUGGACAGUUUGCUAUCGACAGCGUUACUGGGGAAAUCCAGGUUGUCGCACCACUGGACUUUGAGACAGAACGAGAAUACACCCUACGUCUACGUGCUCAGGACAAUGGCCGUCCGCCUCUUUCCAAUAACACUGGAAUUGUGAGUGUGCAGGUCACUGAUGUCAAUGAUAACCCACCAAUCUUUGUAUCUACACCAUUCCAGGCUACAGUGUUGGAGAGCGCUCCUAUUGGUCACUCCAUUCUCCAUAUACAAGCUAUUGAUACAGAUAAUGGUGACAAUGCACGCCUGGAAUAUCGUUUAACAGGAACUGGUACAGAUACACCGUUUGUUAUCAACGCUGCCACUGGUUGGGUCACAGUGAGCUCAGAGCUUGACCGUGAAUCAGUAGAGCACUUCUUUUUUGGUGUUGAGGCACGGGAUUAUGGCGCCCCGCCACUUUCUGCCACGGCUAGUGUUACGAUCACAGUAAUGGAUGUUAAUGAUAACAGGCCAGAAUUUCUUCAAAAAGAGUAUUAUGUCCGACUCAAUGAGGAUGCUGUUGUUGGCACAAGUGUGAUCAGCGUAACUGCAGUUGAUCGUGAUGUAAACAGCGCAGUCACAUAUCAAAUAACUGGUGGAAACACACGUAAUCGAUUUGCCAUAAGCACAGCCAGUGGUUCUGGGCUCGUCUCGUUAGCGCUACCUUUAGACUACAAACAGGAGCGUCGCUAUGUGCUAACAGUCACCGCCUCUGACAGAACUCUCCAUGACACCUGUCAGGUGCAUGUCAACAUCACAGAUGCCAACACACACCGCCCAGUAUUUCAGAGCGCUCAUUAUUCAGUCAAUGUGAAUGAGGACCGGCCUCCUGGCAGCACCGUGGUGGUUAUAAGUGCCACAGACGAAGAUGUAGGAGAAAAUGCACGCAUCACUUACUACUUGGAGGACAAUAUUCCUCAGUUUCGUAUCAAUCCUGAAUCUGGAGCAAUUACACUUCAAGCCGAACUAGACUAUGAAGACCAGAUGACUUACACACUUGCCAUUACGGCUCGUGACAACGGAAUCCCACAAAAAUCCGACACCACAUAUGUGGAGGUUAACGUUAAUGAUGUAAAUGACAAUGCACCUCAGUUCUUGAGUCCCAGAUAUCAGGGCGGAGUAAGUGAGGAUGCCCCGCCCUUCACUAGUGUUCUACAAAUCUCUGCCACUGACCGUGAUGCUCAUGCCAAUGGUCGUGUCCAGUAUACAUUCCAGAAUGGAGAAGAUGGUGAUGGUGAUUUCACUAUCGAACCGACAUCCGGAAUAGUCCGGACAGUCAGGAGACUUGACCGUGAAAGUGUUCCAUUCUAUGAGCUGACAGCAUAUGCCGUGGAUCGAGGUGUUCCACCUCAGCGAACACCUGUACACAUUCAAGUCAGUGUCAUGGAUGUCAAUGACAAUGCUCCAGUGUUUCCUGCUGAUGACUUUGAGGUUCUAGUGAAAGAGAACAGUGCCGUUGGGUCCGUUGUAGCUCAGAUUACAGCGACAGACCCAGAUGAGGGCCCAAAUGCUCAAAUUAUGUAUCAGAUUGUGGAAGGAAAUAUUCCAGAAAUCUUCCAGAUGGACAUUUUUUCAGGAGAACUCACUUCUUUAAUUGACCUAGACUAUGAGGCUCGGAAUGAGUAUGUAAUUGUUGUACAGGCUACAUCAGCACCACUAGUGAGUCGAGCCACAGUGCGGAUCCGACUUGUUGACCAGAAUGAUAAUGGCCCCCAAAUGCAAGACUUUCAAAUCAUCUUUAACAAUUUUGUAUCCAAUCGUUCAAACACUUUCCCAAGUGGGGUUAUUGGACGAGUUCCGGCCCAUGACCCAGAUGUUUCAGAUCGUCUCUAUUACACUAUAGAUCGUGGAAAUGAGCUGCACCUGCUACUGCUGAACCACACAAGUGGAGAGAUCCGUCUGAGCAGAAAACUGGACAACAACAGACCCCUGGUGGCCCCAAUGAUGGUGACCGUCACUGAUGGCAUUCACAGCAUCAGUGCUCAGUGUGUGUUGAGGAUUCUCAUCAUUACAGAGGAGAUGCUCAGCAGCAGCAUCACUGUGCGACUCCAGAACAUGUCCCAGGAGCACUUCCUAUCCCCGCUGCUCACUCACUUCCUGGAAGGGGUGUCAGCAGUGCUGUCAGUCUCUCCUGAUGAUGUGUUUGUGUUUAACAUACAGCCAGAUGCAGAUGCAGGAAAGGUGCUCAAUGUUAGUUUCUCAGCAGCAUUGCCGGGAGGACAGUUUUUCCCAUCAGAGGCACUAGAGGAGCAGCUCUACCUCAACAGGCCUAGACUCAAUGCUCUUGCACAUAUGGAGGUUCUCCCGUUUGAUGAUAAUGUGUGUUUGCGUGAGCCGUGUCAGAACUACAUGAAGUGCAUCAGUGUACUCCACUUCAACAGCUCCGCCCCUUUUAUCGCCUCUCCAUCCACACUGUUCCGACCCAUUCAUCCAAUCACAGGCCUGCGCUGCCGCUGCCCGGCAGGAUUCACCGGAGAUUACUGCGAAAUUGAAAUUAACCUUUGUUACUCUAACCCGUGCUUGAAUGGAGGAGUGUGUGCUCGCAGGGAGGGAGGGUACACCUGCAUCUGUCGAGAAGAUUACACAGGUGAGCGUUGUGAGUUUGACCGGCGUGCUGGGAAGUGUGUGGCAGGUGUUUGUCGCAACGGUGGUACGUGUCUUGAGCUCUCUGGAGGAGGUUUCAGGUGUGAGUGUCCUGCGGGAGGUUAUGAGAGGCCCUACUGCUCUGUUACCACUAGAUCCUUCCCGCCAAAAUCAUUCAUCAUGUUCAGAGGCCUUCGACAACGAUUUCACCUCUCCAUCUCUCUCUCGUUUGCCACAUUGGAAAGUAAUGGUUUACUAUUCUACAAUGGUCGAUUUAAUGAGAAACAUGACUUUCUUGCUCUGGAGAUACUGAAUGGACAAGUGGUUCUUAAAUACUCCACAGGUGAGUCAUCUACUCAGGUGAGCCCAUAUCUGCCUGGCGGAGUGAGUGACGGCAACUGGCACACCGUUCACAUCCAUUACUAUAACAAGCCAAAGCGCAGUGUGAGCGGUGAGGUUCAGGGCCCAUCUGACGAGAAAGUGGCAGUCUUGAGUGUGGAUGACUGUGAUUCGGCUGUUUCCCUGAGAUUUGGAAUUCAGCUUGGCAACUACAGCUGUGCUGCUCAGGGAAGACAGACUAGCAACAAAAAGUCUUUGGAUCUGACAGGCCCGUUGUUUUUGGGUGGAGUUCCUAACAUGCCAGAGAAUUUUCCAUUUGGUACAAGAGAAUUUAUUGGCUGCAUGAAAGACCUGCACAUUGAUAACAGACCAGUGGACAUGGCAGGAUUCAUUGCUAAUAAUGGCACCUUACCAGGCUGCAGUGCCAAAAUGCCUUUCUGUAAAUUGAACCCUUGCCAGAAUGGAGGCACGUGCAGGGUGAGUUGGGAGACAUUCGCAUGUGACUGCCCUGUUGGAUUUGGAGGGAAGAACUGCAGCCAAGUGAUGUCCCACCCCCAUCGCUUCCUUGGAAACAGUGCGCUGUGGUGGGACCUGAAAAAUGACGUCACUAUCACCACGCCUUGGUACAUGGGGCUGGUGUUCCGCACCAGAUCAAAAGAGGGAAUUAUCUUGCAGGCUCAAGCUGGACAAUACACCAACUUAAUCUUUCAGGUUAUGUCGGGCCAGCUGGUGUUUUCUGUGGCGCAAGGUUCUACUCGGCCGGUCCGGUUGAGACUAGAUCAGGUUCAAGUGUGUGACGGACGCUGGCAUGACAUACAGCUCGAGCUCCGUGAUGUCAGGAGUGGACGAGAGACUCGAUAUAUUGCUACAGUCAGACUAGAUUUUGGACUGUAUCAGGGAACAGUAAUUGUCGGCAAUGAGAUUAAUGGUGUAAAGGUGAAGCACCUGCAUGUGGGUGGAGUUUUAGGGUCAGGAGAGGUGCAAAAUGGCAUACGUGGCUGUAUUCAGGGGGUGCGUCUGGGGGUGCGUCCUGAUUCCCCUGCAUUGCCCCGGCCCUCCAGAACCAUCAAAGUGGAGACUGGCUGUAAUGUUGGCAACCCCUGUAACUCCUCCCCUUGCCCCACCCACAGUCACUGCACUGACGAAUGGGAUCGCCACACCUGUGUUUGUGAGCCAGGAUUCUAUGGUAAAAGCUGUAUGGAUGCAUGUCAGCUCAACCCAUGUGAGAAUCAAGCAAAGUGCCACAGGAAGCCCAGCUCCUCUCAUGGAUAUAUCUGCGACUGUGAGGACAGUCACUACGGACAGUACUGCCAACAUAGGAUUGAGCAACAGUGCCCUCGUGGUUGGUGGGGCAGCCCAACAUGUGGACCCUGCCACUGUGAUGUCAGUAAAGGAUUCGAUACAGACUGCAAUAAGACCACUGGACACUGCCACUGCAAGGAGUUUCAUUAUCGACGGCGGGGCAGUGACGUCUGCCUGCCAUGCGACUGCUACCCAGUGGGCUCCUUUUCAAGGUCAUGUGACCCAGAAAGCGGCCAGUGCCAGUGCAGACCAGGUGUGAUUGACCGACAGUGCAACAUGUGUGACAACCCAUUUGCUGAAGUCACACAAACAGGCUGUGAAGUGAUCUAUGAUGGUUGUCCUAAGACCAUAACAUCAGGAAUCUGGUGGCCCAGAACAAAGUUCAACCUGCCUGCAGCUGUCCCCUGUCCCAAAGGAUCAGUAGGAACUGCAAUUCGGCACUGUGAUGGAGAAAGAGGUUGGCUGGACCCUGAUCUGUACAACUGUACCUCUCCUCCUUUUGUGGAGCUGAACACAGCUCUGGAGGCAUUGGAACGUAAUGAGACAGAGCUCAAUACCAUCAUUGAGAAAAAACUGGCCCAUCAGCUUCGUGAUGUCACAGAGGCAACAACCCGUCUUUAUGGCAACGACCUUCAGAUAGCUGAGCGGCUGUUGUCCCGCCUCCUGACCUUUGAGGGCCUCCAGUCAGGCUUCGGUUUGACAGCCACUCAGGAUGCACAUUUCAAUGAGAAUGUGUUACGAGGCUGUAGUGGUUUGUUGGGUCCGAGCAGUGCUAUGUUAUGGAGAGGUCAAAUUUCAGGUCAGAGCGGAGCCAGGGGAUUGGCUGAUUUGCUGGGGCAGUACGCCCGCACACUUGCCCAGAAUAUGAAACAGACCUACCUCAAUCCUGUGGCACUCGUUGCCCCUAACAUCGUCAUGACUCUGGAUCGCGUUGACAACCAUACACAUGUGCGGCGACGGUUUCCACGGUAUCACAGCACUCUUUUCCGAGGUCAAACACUUUGGGACUCUCACACACAUGUUGUGCUGCCACCUACUGCACUAGUGCCACAGCGCAACUUCUUCUCAGCCCCAUCUCCAGCUGGCCCUGUGAAUCUGUUGGCCAAUCAGACGGUAGAAGUGACGGCUGCACGGCGGUCUUUGGCACUGCAAGAGGCACCUGUCACCAUUGUCAUUAUCCUCAUCUAUCGGAGCCUGGGGGCUGCACUCCCCCCCAAAUACCACACAGACCGCCGCGGCGUCAGGUUACCCAGGCACCCUGUGUUGAAUUCCCCUGUAGUGAGUGUGUCUGUGUAUAACAACCAGACGUUUGUGGAGGGUUUUCUAGACACUCCGGUCCUGCUGGAGUUUCAGCUGCUGGAGACCAGCAAUCGCAGCAAACCGCUUUGUGUGCAGUGGAAUCACAGCAGCCCUGUUUCAGUAGGGGGCUGCUGGACUGUGAGAGACUGUAGUGUGGUCUAUAGAAACACAUCACAUGUUCGCUGUCAGUGUCACAGACUUGGAACCUUUGGAGUCCUUAUGGACAGCUCACAAAGAGAGCAGUUAGAGGGUGACCUGGAAACCCUUGCCAUUGUAACGUACACCUCACUCUCCGUUUCCAUGGCAGCAUUGUUGCUAACUGUGCUGGUUUUAUCAUGCCUGAGGGGACUGAAAUCAAACACACGCAGUAUUCAUUCCAACAUGGCUGCCGCUACUCUCCUUUCCCACCUCACAUACGUGCUGGGGAUCAACCAGACUGAACAACAGUUUAUGUGUACGGUGGUUGCGAUACUGCUCCAUUAUUUCUUCAUGUCGGCUUUUGCGUGGCUGUUUGUGGAGGCUCUGCACAUUUACCGCAUGCAGACAGAAGCAAGAAACAUCAACUAUGGAGCCAUGAGAUUCUACUAUGCUAUUGGCUGGGGAGUUCCUGCCAUCAUUACAGGCCUAGCAGUGGGGUUGGAUCCAGACGGAUAUGGUAAUCCAGAUUUCUGCUGGAUCUCCAUGUAUGAUAAGCUCAUGUGGAGUUUUGCGGGACCAGUUAGCGUCGUCAUACUGAUGAAUGGUGGAAUGUUUUUAGUGGUCCUGCGUAUGAUGUGUAACCCAACUCAGAAAGAGAUAAAAAAGCUGCCUGUUAUUUCUACUAUCCGCAGUGCCUUCCUCUUGUUGUUGUUGAGUACUUGUGUUUGGUUAUUUGGUCUGAUGGCUGUUAAUAACAGUGUCCUGGCAUUCCACUACCUGUUCAUUGUGCUCUGUAGCGUGCAGGGCUUGGCCAUAAUGUUGGUGUUCACAGUACUAAACUUGGAGGUGCAGGAGGCCUGGAAACUGGCCUGUCUGGGCAAGAAAAGCAGCGAAGAGCCUCCCAGACCUCCACAGAUUUCUGGCCAAAACCCAUACAACAGCGCCUCCCUGCUUGAACAGAGCGGAUUACACCAGAUCACACUUGGAACUUCAACCAUCUCAUCAGUCAGCAGUGCAAGGGAGAAUCUCUUGGCACGGCAGACUCUAGAACACAAUCUAGCUCACACAGGAGCCACUGACCUGGACGUGGCAAUGUUCCACCGCAAUGGAGGUACACUAAAACACAAUAACCUGCAUGCAUGUGAAGACUCUGACUCAGAUUCUGACCUCUCAUUGGAAGAGGAGAGGAGUCUGUCCAUCCCAUCUUCAGAGAGUGAGGACAAUGUCCAUCUGCGUGGACGCAUCCAGCGGCGCUUCAAACGGACCAGUCACGGCAAACGUUUACUCACAGAGCCCACUCACAAUGGUGGAAAAGAUAUGGAUGGCAAUGACCUGCUCUCCUACUGGCCAGCGCUGGAAGGGUGCGAGGCGCACUCUCUACAGAAAUGGGGUUCAGAGCGCCGCCUAGGGGGCGACUACAGCAAGGAUGCAGCUAAUAACAAUCAGCCAGAUGCAGCGCUGACCAGUGGGGAUGAGAAUGGGCUCACACACAGACACCGUAAGGGAAUCCUAAAGAAUCGUCUGGGCCGCCCUCCUGCUCUGCAGGGUCUGUCUGCAGUGGGUAGUGCUCCUAGUGAGAUGUCUUGGUACAAGACCUCCACGUUGGGUCACCGAGGUGUCCCAGCUGCUUCCUAUGGUCGUAUGUAUUCCGGUACUGGCUCACUGUCUCAACCCGCUUCCCGAUACUCUUCCCGCGAACACCUGGAUUCACUUGCCCGACGACAGUGUUCCCGCGACAACCUUGACCUGUUGCCACGACGACGUGAUCUUGGUGCUGAAAACCUGGGUGGGUCCAGAGAGAGGCUUGGCCCUGUUCACAGCAUCCAUGCCUCCAGGGAGGAUCUGGUGGCCAGGGGUGGGAUGGCAGGGUUAAUGGGGGCGGAGAGUUCAUUAAGUGGAUCAAGAACACAACUUAACACACUAACAAGGCAACAGGCCUCUCGGGAACAUCUUGGGGGGGCGCUGAUGAGUAGUCGGUCUCGGGAACAGUUGGAUUCUAACGGCGGAUCACAGCCGUGUAGAGAGUGGCUGAGAACCCUGCCACCGCGACAGCUCUCACACCCUGAGCCACACCCCCCCUCCUCACCCCCUCCACCAAUCACAGAAGAACCCCAUGAAACCAUGCCCUUUCGGCGCGGACGGCUAGACUCCGCCCCUCCAUGUAGGUACCCUUCAUCUGCAGCUGCACCUGGAGCCCCAUCUAGUCGUCCACCUUCUAAUGAACAUCUUGAUAUCCUGUCCUCUAUACUGGCCUCCUUCAACUCCUCUGUCUUAACCCCACCCCCUAACCCUGUCUCUGCAUCGACUGGCCCCUCCCCUUCCCCGCCUCCUCUCUCUGUAACCUCUCAGAGCAUCUCUGAAGUGUCACCUGACACUGAAGUUAACAGAAGUGAUGGACAAUCUUGAUGAUUACCUCGCAGCCCCGUAAUGCAUUUCUACAGAGGGGCUCAAGAGGAUCACAGGACAUAACCAACCGGAGCUAUCAGGACUCAUACUGAACACUUGAGAGUGAAAUUGCUCACCAAUGGCUUGAGAAAUAAUCCUCCUGAGAACAGGCAGGAAAUUAACAAUAAGGAGUAGCCUUAAUUGAUAAUAAUUUUUCCAAUCUGCAGCUCAGAUUUCCAGAUCAACAGCUGAGAGGGCUGGACAGAGAGAGAGAAAACUGUACAUACAAUUUUUAUACGUUUUGUAUAUUUUUCAUCAAAGAUCAAAGGAAAAAAAACUCUAGUGAUGUUUUUGAUGAUUGCGUCCAGCAUUUGAGUUUUUGUGUGAAUGGAUGUUUUUAACUUGGUAAGAUUGAAAACAUUUUCAAACUCAUUCCUUGCCAAUACAGUCCCAAACUUUCUGAUCCUUGUAUUCCAACAUGUGUUUAUGCAACAUUAACCAAGCCCUCUGACAAAAGACUGAGAAACUUAAGUCUAUGAAGAAAAUGAUUGGUCGAUAUUAUUGAGGAAGGUAUUGGCACUGGCAUGGGAUUGUUAGGAAACUCCAGAGAUGUGAUUGUAAUUGUAAAGAGUUGUGAAACAAAAGACAAGUUUGGACCGUAAUGAUUGUCAUUCAAGGAAUUUGCUUUUUUUAAAUGGAAGAUUUUUAGGUUGGUCUAAACAUUUCUUAAGCAAACAUCAAUAUUUGGCUUAGAGUAUAAGAGUAUAAUAAUACUUGCCUUUCCUAUUUCUAGGAAAUUUUUGACAUUUUAUGCCAAUAUGAGAUAAUACUGAAGCAUAUAAAAGGAGUUUGUUGAAGCUGUGUGAAGAGGCCUUUAUGGAUUGGUUAAUUAUUUAGUCUACAAGCAUAUUCACAGCAUAAUCAAGAGCUCUUUCAUAACUUGGCUUAUCAUAAAUCAACAAUUGCUUGAGGAAAAGUUACAGAUCCUAAAUCAGCUAUUCAGGAGAACAUAUUUAAUCCAUCUUUGAUUCCUUUUGACAAAGAGAGCAUAUCUAAAUGUCAGUGCUUAUCUCUGUGAAGUAUUGAAUAAUCUUGGUGCUUCAGGGGAAGAAACAUGGUGAGAUGAGAUACAUGCAGUCAUUGAGGUUAAAUAAGAUUUCAAAAUAUCAGGCUGCUUAAAAGGAAAAUAAUGUUUCAACAUAUGACUUUAUCUCCUUUUACAGUAUUAUCAAGAGUUUUUGCCAAAAAAACAAAACAAAAAAAGUGCCCUAUGUCAUUCCUUUUAUACCUCUUACCUGUCAGAAAGUGCUCCAGGACUUUUUCUAUUUAUCAUUUUUAUAAUUUAUUUAUUAUUAAAAGACUUUAUCUUGUACAGACAUUAAAUUAUUUUAUUUAUUAAAUGUAUAUUUAAUUAGGUUAAUUUCACUUAAUCAUAAUCAUCGCUGGAGUGUUUUUAAGAGGUGCGUGUGGGAGAUUUGUUUUUAUAAGAACAAGGUUUCAUCUGUUAAAAUGUUUUAUGUGUGAAACUUUUGUACAUGUACUAUCUGAUAUGCCCCCCCUCCUCUUCUGCAAAUGAUGCAUUCUGGGAAAAUAAAUGUUCUGUGUCCAUCAGAGAAAGAAAGAGUAGUGGAAGACUGUGAAUGGGUGGGAGAGAAUAGGGGGGAAUGUAUAAUUGGUCAACAUGUUUAUUUUGGGACAUGCAUCCUAUUUACCUAUGGGGGUUUCAAAAAGAAAACAACUGCUACCAAAGGGAGGUGAGAACUAGAGACUAGCUGGACAUC